AUGAGGAAACUUGGAUCUUCUCUGAAUCAAAUUAGCCCUACUCAACUGGUUGAGGCAAAAUUUCAACAAAAUCUUGCAGACUAUAGGAAAAUUUUACAAAAAAUUUUACAGGGAGUACCAUCAAAUCCUGAUAACAUAGAAAAUAAAGAUGACGUGGAGCCCGGCAAUCUUUUAGUUUCUAUCAACAAUAUCUCUGAGAAUUAUAAAUCAAAUAUAACUGAUAUAAAAAUUACUAAAGCAAAACUGCUUGACUUUGAUGUUGGUAGUCUAAAAAAUGAAAGACCAAAUGCUUCUGAAAUUGAGGAAGUAGUUCGUAGGGGUCCAGAAAAGAUCCCAUCUCAAUUUCCAAAAGAUGUGAACGGACAUUCAUUUCCUGUUUGUAAAAUACAUACAAGUAUGAAAAAUGGAAAAUAUGUUGCCCGUGAUUGGCUUGUUUGGAGCAAAGUUAAACAAUCGAUAUUUUGUUUUCCUUGUCGCCUUUUUAGCAAACUACCAACAGCAAGUCGCUCACGUUUAACAACUAUAUCUGGGUAUUGUUUUCAAAGAAAAUGGAAAAAUUACAUGACAAAAUUCCAGAGCAUCAAAACAGCAGCAACCAUAAAUAUUGAUAUAUUAAAUGGCGCUAUUGGAAAAAAACUAUCUGAACAAAGUGAUGAAGUCGCAGAAAUUGAAGAGAAGACAACAAGCAAUUACCUUUCACCGGAAAUACAAAAUGAGUUUAUAGAGUGUUGUGCCAAAAAAGUAUUAGACGUUAUUCUAAGUGAACAAGAAGCAGCAAAAUAUUACUCAAUACUUGUUGAUAUAACCCCUGAUUCAGCAUAUAUGGAACAAACUGUAUUUAUAUUGCGUUAUGUUUAUUUAAAUGAAGAAAAUAAUUUCUACGAAGUUCAACAGCGAUUUCUAGAGUUUGUUGACUGCAAUCAGAAAACGGGAAAAACUAUUGCUGAAUUAAUUUGCAGUGUUAUUAAAAAACACAAUAUACCAAUGAUAGACUGUCGUGGUCAAGGUUAUGACAACGGUAACAACAUGAGCGGUCGAUAUAAAGGAGCACAAGCAGAGAUAAUUAAAGAGAACCAAUUGGCAAUCUAUUCUCCAUGUGCUUGUCAUAGCUUAAAUCUAUGUGGUGUCCAUGCCGCAGAGUGCUGUGCAGAGGUUAUAAACUUCUUCGGUGUUGUGCAAAAAACUUAUAACUUGUUCAGCUCUAGCCCGCAAAUAUGGCAAAUUUUAAAAGAAAACAUUGGAUGCUCUUUGCAUAGCAUGUCAGAUACACGUUGGUCAGCCAGGAUUGAAAGUGUAAAACCUUUUGUAGAACAUAUUCCUGGUUUAAGGAGUGCUAUCCAAGACUUAAAGAAGCUAAAUCUUACUGCCGAGUCUCGAUCAGAUAUCAAACGUAUUGAGAAAUACUUGGGUUUAUUUGAGUGCAUUAUACUCGCAAGUACUUGGUUUAAAGUUCUAACAAGCAUCAAUUACAGAAACACAGUUUUGCAAGCCAGAGAUGCAACUUUAAAUGUGGAGGUUUUAAAUUUAAAAAGCUUAAUUGAUGACCUCUUAUUAUUGAGAAACAACUGGGAUUUAAUUUUAAAUGAAUGUAAACUUGUUGCCGAAAAUCUGGACUGUGUCAUUGGUAAUAUGAAUUGGCGUUUUGAGGCAGUCAAAGAUCUUGAGGAAACAUUUGGUGUUGUAUGGAAAUACAUGACAUUAGAUAAAGAUCUGCUGCGUGAGAAAGCUUCAUCUAUUUGCGUUAAAUACAGCAUUGAUGUUUCUCUCGAUUUAAUAGACGAAAUAGAACAUUUAAAGGCAAUUCAUGCAUCAAAUCUUAGCAUAAUACAAUUAUCGCUGUUUCAAUUAUUGAACAAACUCCGUGAAUUGAAGCUUGAUUCUCUUUUCCCAAACAUUUUAGUUGUUCUUAUAAUUUUUUGUACACUUCCAGUUACUGUUGCACAAGCAGAACGCUCUUUCAGCACGCUUGCAAGAGUUAAAAAUGUUUUACGUUCUACGAUGUAUCAAGAUCGACUUUCUAAUUUGGGAAGACUAGCGAUUGAGGCGCCACUUGCAAGGAAACUAGACUUUGAUGCAGUUAUCGAACUUUUUGCUAGCAAAAAAUCUCGCAAAGCUUAUUUUGGUUAA